AUGAGGUUUGGACUACCCACAGAGACCGAAACGGUUAUUGCAAGGCGUCCUGUGGCCUACAAAGUUCAAUCUGCUCAGCGUAAUGACACAAAUAAGACUAUCGAGUACCUGAUCACAGAGGCACUAUCUCAAUUGGAGCUUCAAACAGUGACAAGAAAGGAAGAAAAUGAAAAGAAGCGAAUAGGUAUGCUUCAAAAUAGUUUUGAAGAGUUUAACUACCAGACAAACCAGCUUAUAGAUGCCCUUAAUGAGAACUUCAAGGUGACCCAGGCAACCCAAUCAUCCGUGAUCGAUACAAUCGUCGCAGAAGAGAAAGAAAGGAAGCGAAAAGAGGAAGAAAUGAGGCUCAAGGAGGAGCAGGAACGAAGAGAGGAGGAACGACGCAAGCAGAUUGCUGAACAAAAACGUAAAGAAGAAGAUGAGAGGAAGAGGCUUGAACAAAAGAAGAAGGAGGAAGAGUUGGCACUCAAGAAGAAGGAGGAAGAACGGAGGGCAAGGCUACGAGAUGCAGAAGAAAAGAAACGUACAAUGGGCCUUACGGAUUUUAAAAAGUUAGAGAGGGAGGUGAUGAAAUGGAGGUCGCAUAUCGCCGACAUCAAGGAAAACGUGGUUGCUCGUAUUCAUCAAAAUCCACAAGUCAAACGCGAGAUGGGUGCAUCGCGAAGGAACAUUACGAAGCGUUUUGGACAGCUCUCCAAUUCCCUUCAGCAAUGCCGCGUGGUUGCUCAAGAUGUUGUACAGUUAAUCCGGCUGGUCCAGGGUGACGAACUCCGCUAUAAAUAUCUUCUUAAUGCUGUUUCCAAGGCAAUCAUCUCACAGGCUGAAACUGAGGUCACAGUGAAAGCUACAGCGGCGCAGCCAUUGGCAGUUCUAGUGUUUCAUCUACUCAAUACUUUCAAAGAGCUCGAUUUCUUCCUUACCGCACGGUUUGUCAAGAAAUGCUGCUUCGUUCUUGGCUACUCUUGCUCGAUUGAUACAGAAGAGGGCCGCUUGAGAAUGGGUUGGAAACGUAUCGAAAACAAAUGGGAAGACGAAGUGAAGUAUGAAGAGAGAAUCGGUGGUAUAAUUUCUUUGUGGGCUGCCAUCUCACUUCAUUUCAGGAAAGAUGAGUUUGAUCUUUUCAACAUAGGGGCUCAGUGGAGAUUCCUCGCCAGAAUACUCAAUACGGACUUUUCCUUAAUCACCAACGUCCAUUACCUCGUGGUGAGCAACUGGUGGGAGGUUGCAGCGGACCAAUUUUACAGAGAAUACGGGAAACAAGCACGCAAACUUUUUAUUCUUUUGGAUAGGGUAUGGACACCAAAAGGAAUAUCCAAAGCAUUUCCUGCUGCUACCAGAUUGCAGCUCCUUGUGGAAGACCUCAAUAAUGGCAAUUUCAAUACUAUUAGCCCAAUGGAACGAUAA